UAGCGCCUCAGAAGGUCCGAAGUGCUCGAUGUGUUUGCUAACAAUUAUGAUACUUAAAGAAUCUCUGAGCUGGGAAGAAUUUAGAGUUCACCCUAGUAUAUCUAUCACUCCUCUACCAAGUAUUUAGAGAGAAGUCUCGUUUCCUGAAUAAAGAUGACUAGGCACACAAUCGCGCAGAAUGCAGUUCUGUGUGGGUGCAAAUAAAGACUAACAAGGCUCAAGUCUUAACCAGUACGUUCUACUGCCUCCUUGGAUAAAGGACAAUCGACGCGGAGAAGCGAAGGGACAAAUCGCUGCCCGCUCCUCUCCUCUCCUAAGUUUCCCCCCGCCCAGGUAUGGGGCUCCACGCUAACGCACUUGGGGACUCUCUCCGCCCCCCUCUCCUCGGCCCCUCGUUCCCGUCAUCCUCUGGGCUCUCCUCUUCCUCUGGCCGAAAUCCCGCGUGGGCUCUUCUCGGCGCUGGUCGCUAGGUGAUUACCGAGGGCGCUCGGAAGUCUCGCGAGGAUGGUCCCGUUGCUCAGGAAACGGAGGGCCUCACCUCUCGGUGAAGGGCGUGGCUGGAGCUGUUGAACUACCCCAGCGUUCCUUCCAGACGCUGGAGCCUAGGUGUCUCGGGCGGAACGGCUGCGCCCCCCAGGGACGGGACGACUGGCCUGGGCGGAGGACUCGGGGCGGGGGCGAGGGCCCGGCCGAGGCGGCCCAGAAGGAAGAGACUUCGCAGACGGGCCGCCCCCUGCGGGAAGUGAGCGCGCGUGGAAAGACCGCGCGUCCCAAAAAAUGAGCUCCUCCCCACACUGCCUGGUCCAGAAGUGAGCGUGGGAGGCACACCUUGCAGACACAACUUGGGGCUUAAAAGUCCUUCCCACUGAGAAAGUCACCUGGCCUGUCCGCAGACCCGCCCUGCGUGGCUGGGCGUGGAAACGCCUGCUUUUGCCUCGUCUGCUUCAGCCGUGGAAGACACAGGAAGCGCCCAUUAGAUAAUCUGUGUGUGUGUGUGUGUGUGUGUGGCUUUCCUGAAGUUCAGGUUUCACUACUCAGCCUACCUACAUGAUAAAAGAAAUUUCAAGCCAGAUAUUGCCAGAAAUGUCAGAAGAUUCAGAAAAGGAAGACUAUUCAGACAGAACGAUCAGUGAUGAAGAUGAAUCAGAUGAGGAUAACUUCAUGAAAUUUGUAAGCGAAGAUAUCCACCAGUGUGCACUUUUAACAGUCUUUCAAGAUACCUACUAUUCUCAGUUUGCGAACUCUGCUGGUGACCCAUUUUUCCCCCGGACUACCCAGAUACUGUUGGAAUAUCAACUAGGGAGAUGGGUGCCACGCCUUCGUGAACCACGAGAUUUGUAUGGUGUUUCUUCUUCUGGUCCACUGAGUCCAACACGGUGGCCGUACCACUGUGAGGUCAUUGAUGAAAAAGUCCAGCAUAUUGAUUGGACUCCUUCUUAUCCUGAGCCAGUGUACAUCCCAACAGGUCUAGAGAUAGAACCUCUUUAUCCAAACUACAAGGAAGAUACUGUAGUUUAUCUAGCUGAAGAUGCUUACAAGGAGCCCUGUUUUGUGUAUUCCCGAGUAGGGGGCAACCGAACACCCCUGAAGCAACCUGUGGAUAACUAUGACAAUACUUUGAUGUUUGAAGCAAGGUUUGAGAGUGGAAAUCUACAGAAGGUAGUCAAAGUGGCAGAAUAUGAAUACCAGUUGACUGUGCGCCCUGACCUCUUCACAAAUAAACACACCCAGUGGUACUAUUUCCAAGUCACUAAUACUCAAGCAGGAAUCGUCUAUAGAUUCACUAUAAUCAAUUUCACUAAGCCUGCUAGUCUUUACAGUCGGGGUAUGCGCCCACUGUUUUAUUCUGAAAAAGAGGCCAAGGCUCAUAAUAUUGGCUGGCAGAGAAUAGGAGACCAAAUCAAAUAUUAUAGGAACAACCAGGGACAAGAGGGGCGCCAUUAUUUCUCUCUUACAUGGACGUUUCAAUUUCCACACAACAAAGAUACCUGCUACUUUGCUCACUGCUAUCCGUAUACUUACACCAACCUGCAAGAAUACUUGUCUAGUAUCAAUAAUGACUCAGUACGGUCAAAGUUUUGUAAAAUACGUGUCCUGUGCCACACAAUUGCUAGAAACAUGGUGUAUGUUUUAACGAUCACUACUCCUUUGAAGAAUGCUGACUCAAGAAAGCGAAAGGCUGUGAUUUUGACUGCAAGGGUACAUCCAGGGGAAACCAACAGCUCUUGGAUCAUGAAAGGCUUCCUAGAUUAUAUUUUAGGAGACUCAAGUGAUGCACAGUUGCUUCGGGACACUUUCAUCUUCAAGGUGGUACCUAUGCUGAAUCCAGAUGGUGUGAUAGUGGGAAAUUAUCGUUGUUCCUUAGCUGGACAAGAUUUAAACCGUAACUAUACAUCUGUCCUAAAGGAAUCAUUUCCUUCUGUUUGGUAUACCCGGAACAUGAUCCGUAGAUUAAUGGAGAAACGAGAGGUUAUUUUAUAUUGUGACCUUCAUGGCCAUAGUAGGAAAGAGAACAUCUUCAUGUAUGGUUGUGACAGUAGUGAGAGAUGUAAAGCAUUAUACUUACAACAACAAAUCUUUCCACUUAUGCUGAGCAAAAAUUGUCCAGAUAAAUUUUCAUUCUCAGCUUGCAAGUUUAAUGUUCAGAAGAGCAAAGAGGGAACAGGAAGGGUGGUAAUGUGGAAAAUGGGAAUCAAGAACAGCUUCACCAUGGAGGCUACUUUUUGUGGAUCUACCCUGGGUAAUAAACGAGGUACUCAUUUCAACACAAAAGACUUGGAGUCGAUGGGGUAUCAUUUUUGUGAUUCUCUUUUGGACUAUUGUGACCCAGACCGAACCAAGUACUAUCAGUGCCUGAAAGAAUUGGAAGAGAUGGAAAAACAUAUAAAUUUGGAAAAAGUCCUUGAGGAUUCAGAUACUUCUCUGAAAGAAAUUGCAUUGGAUCUAGAGUCUAGUAGCCGAGGCUCUGACAGUUCAGAAUCCAAUGAGUCUCAGACUUACCUUCUCAAAUUAACUUCUCAGCUAAAAAACAAGAAAAAACACUUGAAAACAAAGAAGGAAAGAAAUUCUACCAUAGCAAGUAAUCAAAACACCAGAGAAGAACCAGAGGUUUGUGAUAAAGGACAUUUAGUGCAAAGACACAAACAAUCAAAUUCUGAUGUGAAAGCUACAAACCCUGAUGUAUCAGAUGACAGUAUAUUUGAUUAUUUCAGAAGACCAUUCCCUAAUCAAGGUUUAGUGAAAAUACCCGCACGAGCUCCUUCUUGGCUUCUAAAAAGAUAUGUAAGCCCCCAAAAUAAGAUUCACAGGCUCAGCAAAGACCAACAAAGACAAUUGGUAGAAACUGGUGAGAAGUCAAUCCAGGAAAUAAUUCAGCCCAAGAGCACUGAUUUGUAUGGAAACUGUUUCAAAGUGACAUCCUUCAAGUGUCCUAUGAGCACACAAAUUCCCAGUUGGACUGAGAAGACAAGGAUCCCAAGAGGAGAUCUGCAUCACAACUUGAAAAGAAAAAUGAAAGAAUGUACUUCUUUCCAAAGCAAGAAGACUGGCAUAAAUUGGACAGAUGAUGAGAAAAGAAUCUACAGGGAUAAAAGAAUAGCUCAAACUCAAGAAAUACUGCAGUAUUUGCUCCCUAUCAUGGAAAGCACUAAAAUUGUGCAAAACCCCCAGAUAAAACAGAUACUCAAUCCAAGAACCAACUUCCAAAUUCAACAUCAAUUAAAGCCAGCUACUUUCAUAAAUAUAAAGAGAUACACCACAUCCUGGACACAACCCAGAAAUCCCCGUUUUACAAGCCAAAGUAACCUUGUGGUAAGCUCUUCAGAGUGGCUCCAGUCUGUGUCCCAGCGGUCAUUUGAAAGUUUGUCACCUCUCAAGGUGCCCAAGAAGAAGAAAAAACACUCUCAAAUCAAGGCCACAAAGACUCAAGAUGUGAAACCUCUCAGCAGCAAAUGGGAGACUGCUCCCUCAAGUUUUGAGAAGGAUGCAGAUAUCAAAGGAAAGAGUCUUCAAGCUGAAGGAUCCAGUGACCAAAACUCUAAGCAAAUAGCUCCACAUCUAACUAGGAAUAGGGAUGAGCAACCAAAUAGGAAUUAUGGACAACCUACUUCCAUUUGAAGUUCCAAGGGGACAAAUAAUUUAGCUUUAUGCUACUCUGAAAACUGUGGAUGAAAAAUAACAUGCUUACAUAGUAAAAAGAAAAGGAAAAGAAAGAAAAAUGAGAAAGCCCUCCCCACCCCUCUAUCUCUAUCCCUCCCCUUACACAUACAUAUACUAAACUACAAAUUCUAGAUAACUCUUCUUUAGUGGGAACAUCUUUUAGAGAUUUAAAAAGAAAUCCAAAGAAAAUACAGAAAAUUUAGAAUUACUUAUUUAUAUAUAAUUUUUGUCAAGAUGGAAAAAAAUCUAUGAACUUUUGAAUUCUCCUAAAACAACUUAUGCAUAAAACUCAAGGAAGGAAUGGCAUAUACUAUGACUUUAACAUCCCUACAAGGCACCUUAAUGAAUCAGCAAACAUCAUUUCUUGAUUUUCUGUUAUGUCUCUAGUGUGCUGGAAACCACCAAUGAUAUAAAAGACAUUUAUCCCCACUGGAAGGUUAUUGUAUAAUUGUACAUAUAAAACAUACAUGACUAACAUAAUUAUAGAAUAAGAUAGUACAUAGUGAAGUGCUAAGUUGUACAUCUCCAAUAAUUAAAAUACUAUAUGUUAAAGGAUGUUAAGUACACAGAGCAAAAGUGUGUCACAAAAUAACACUGAAAUGCAUAGAUUAUGGUUCAUAAUAGUUUUACUUCUCAAAGUAUAGCAAAAAUGUAAAAGAUUAGAUGUGCAGUUUCCUUUAGAGUGGACAAAUGUACAUCUCCAGCCAUUCAUUCAUGGGAAAGCAAGUGGAGCAUCUCACAAGUUUAUCUUUCAUAAGACAGUGAGCACUGGUGGGAUUCCUUGAGGACACUACAGAGAAACAGAUAGGUCGGGCAAAUAAUAAAGAUGGAUGUGAUAGUGAGAAAACAAGAGCCACAGGUCACCAACGGUGUCCAUUACAGGGUAAGGUAAGCAGAAUGAGGAUCUGGUAGGUGAGAUACAUAAAAGUUACAAGCUACAAACCUAGCUCAUGGUAGCAAGCCCAAACUAGGAAAAUCUAAAGUUGGGUAGUCUACUCUCAACAAUAAUGCCAAUAGCCAAAGGUUCAAGGAAAGCUCACUGGGAUAUUAGAAGAGUAGCUACUAUGUUUUUGUUUUAUUUUUAUUUUUGUUUUGAAUUUUUAGAGAAGGUUCACAGCAAUACUGAGCUGAAAGUACAGAGAUAUCCCAUAAACUUCUUGACCCCCACACAUAUAUAGCCUCCCCAUUAUCUCCAUUGUCCACCAUUUGUUACAGUUGAUCAACCUACAGUGAUAAAUCACUACCAUCCAAAGUCCCUAGUUUACCUUAGAGUUUUACCUGGGUGUUGUAUAUUCUAUGGAUUUUAACAAGUGUCUAAUAAAGUAUAUCCACCAUUACAGUA